AUGGGACCGGUUGGUACGGCGGCGGUGCGAGAUGGCGGCGCCGCGCUGCCCGGCGGCUUCUGGGGGGCGGUGCGCGUCUGGCUGGAGAAGCCGCAGGUAGCCAACAGGCGGCUGUGCGGCGCCGCUAUCGAUGCAGAGGGGACGGUGCUGCUCGGGGAAGGCGAGGAAGGGUUUCCCCGCCUCACCGCCGUGCCGGGAGGAGGGAGAGAAGAAGGGGCUGCGGAGCUGGGCCGGCUGUGGAGGGAGGUGAGCGGGCACCUGCCGCCCUCCCUCACGGCCCGGGGCCGGCCGGGCUCCGAGCUCCGCGCCGUGCUGAGGACGCUACUGCCCCGGGCGCGGCCCGCCGGGCCCCCUGCCCCUCUGACGAAGGAGCUGGUGGUACAAGAUGUUUACAAUGGAACUGCGACCUUUCUGCCUUUGGAGAAAAACAAGGAAGGAAAAUACCAGAUUAAAAAGUGCAAUAUUUAUCAAAUUCAGCUUACGCACAUAAAAGAUAAAGAAUGGUCUGUGUCUAUUGUAGCUCCGUCUUCAGAAGAUUGGUUUUCAGAUGGAAUUACAUACCCCAAACUAGCAUGGCUUGGAAAUGAACUUUUGUCCAAACUGGCUAAGUGGUCUGUGGAGCAAAAGCACAGUGAGUUUAGAAGUACACUCUCACUCAUUUCUGUAGCAAAGUACAGCAACGUUUAUCAAGAACUUAAAGAAAAAUACAAGGAGAUGGUAAAGGUAUGGCCUGAAGUAACAGAUCCUGAGAAGUUUGUAUAUGAAGAUGUUGCCAUUGCUACUUACUUGCUGAUUCUCUGGGGAGAAGAGAGAAAGGAAAAAGGAUUGGCCAAGAAACAGUCAUUUGUAGAUCUUGGAUGUGGAAAUGGUCUACUGGUUCAUAUUCUCAGCAACGAAGGGCACUCUGGUAGAGGAAUUGAUGUGAGGAGAAGAAAAAUAUGGGACAUGUAUGGACCAGAAACUCAUUUAGAGGAAUCCUCUAUCAUGCCGGGUGACAGUCAUCUAUUUCCAGAUACUGAUUGGCUGAUAGGAAACCAUUCAGAUGAAUUAACGCCAUGGAUACCUGUAAUUGCAGCGAGGUCUUCCUAUUCGUGUAGCUACUUUGUGCUGCCAUGUUGCUUCUUUGAUUUCCAUGGAAAAUACAGCCGAAGACAAAGCAAGAAGACUCAGUACAGAGAAUAUCUUGAUUUUGUUGCUGAAGUGGGAUCUGUAUGUGGUUUUCACGUGGAAGAAGACUGCCUUAGAAUUCCAUCAACAAAAAGGGUGUGCCUUAUUGGAAAAAACAGGACCUAUCCACCUACAGAAUGUGCUUUGAUUGACAAUCAGAUAACACGGUAUAUUCAUAAUCGUCAGACUUGUGCUGUGGUUGCAUGUGACAGAGGAGUUGGAUUUAAUCAUAAAGAUUGCUCUGAUGACGUAUGCAAAGAAGCAGCCUCAGAACUUCUUGAAAAUGAAAUGGAAACUGCUGGUAGAAUUUGGAUGCCUGGAUUUCAACCCAGAGAAAAAGUAGAACAAAUCAGAAAUUGUGCUGCCCUCCCUCGAGAUUUUGUAGAUGAUGUGGUUCUGAAUGUGGCAAAUUUGCUAUUAAAUGCGGUCCCCCAAAAAUCAUGUUCUAAUACUCACGGUGGAAAUAUGAAUACCUGGAAUCAAGGAGAAAGCCUUUCCUUGAGAGAAGUAGCAGAACAUUUAAAUAAAGAGACUUUAAAGAGGCUGAAGAGUGAAUAUGGAGGCUUACAGACACUGCUCAAGAACAAUCAUCAAGUAUUCGAAGUUCUAAAUGGGAGAGUUCAUAUUCGUGACUGGAGAAAAAAGAAGCCAUCAAUGAAAACUAAGCCUGAAGUAAAACGAUGCCUUUCAGCUGAAGCAUAUAAAACACGCCUCUGUUGGUUUUUCAUUCAUCAUCCGAAUGGUUGUGCUUUGCCUUCUGAAUCUUGCCCAUAUGCUCAUGGGACUGAGGAGCUAAGACAGUCUCAGACUAUUAAAAAGAAAAAACAUAUACAGUGAUAAAAAUCUGCCACUUAUGUUUAGGUUUGUGUGCAUAACUGAAUUUGACUUUGGGACCACUUGGUGCAUGAAGACCUGUAAAGUUUGGAGUUUUUUUCUCAUUUCUAUGUAUCUUAUUUUUCUAGUUGGUUUACAAGUUCUCCUGUAUUUUAAUUCUUUUAUUAUUGACAUGGAAAGGUUACAGUAAAAUGUAUACAUACUUUUG